GUGUGUGAAACAGCCGCUCAACGACUCACAACGACACACAGCGAGCGGCGGUCGGUCCUGUCUGACGUCUGGAACCUGUAGAAUGAGGCGCUGAGACAUGAGGAGCCCCCCUCUGGUUUAAAGACAUGGACUUCCACCAGCGGGCAGCUCUGGACAUCUCCACCAGGAACCCCCAGGACGACUUCGAGAUCCUGCUGAGAGUCGGAGGAGGAACCUACGGAGAAGUCUAUAAGGCACGAAACAAGCAGAAUGGAGAGCUGGCAGCCAUCAAGGUCAUCAAAAUGGAACCAGAGGACGAUUUCUCCAUCAUCCAGCAGGAGAUCAUCAUCGUUAAGAGCUGUAAACAUCCCAACAUCGUGGCGUACUACGGCAGCUACAUCCGAGCUAAUAAACUGUGGAUCUGUAUGGAGUUCUGUGGAGGAGGUUCACUCCAGGAUAUUUACCACGUGACUGGUCCUCUGUCGGAGCCUCAGAUCGCUUAUAUCUGCAGGGAGAUGCUACAGGGUUUGGACUAUUUACAUGCACAGAAGAAAAUCCACAGAGACAUAAAGGGGGCCAACAUCCUCCUCAACAACCAGGGCGAGGUCAAACUGGCCGACUUCGGCAUCUCGGCUCAGAUCACAGCGACUCUGGCCCGGAGGAUGUCGUUCAUCGGGACGCCGUACUGGAUGGCGCCGGAGGUGGCAGCGGUGGAGAUUAAAGGAGGUUACAAUGAACUGUGUGACAUCUGGUCUGUGGGGAUCACAGCAAUAGAACUGGCAGAGUUACAGCCUCCGAUGUUUGACGUCCACCCGCUACGAGUCCUGUUCCUCAUGUCGAAGAGCGGAUACCAACCUCCAAAACUGAAGGACAAGUCAAAAUGGUCGUCCACUUUUUAUAACUUUGUGAAGGCCAUGUUGGUGAGGAACCCGAAGAAGAGACCCAGCGCCUCCAAGAUGCUGUCGCACAUGUUUGUUACGCAGCAGGGUCUGAACCAGGAACUGACCUUGGAUCUGCUGGAAAAGUUUCGACACCCUGAGAAACUGAAGACCUGCCUGGUCAUGGACGAUGAAGAGAUGGAGGUGGUGCCACCAGGAUCUUUAAAGAGGAUCCAGUCAAUUAACAAACACAACCGUGCAGAGAGGACCAACUCUGACAUAAGUCUGGAACAGAUUUAUACUCAGAGGCCUGUGAAGAAAGAACCACCAGACGGAACGUUAAAGCCUUCAAUGGAAUCAACCGGCGAUAACAAGAGUCCAGUCAGGGAUGAAGACACGGACUCAGACGACGACUAUGACGAUGUGGAUAUCCCGACGUUACAACCCAUCAGUCUGAUAAUGCCGCCUGAUGAAACCCCGCCUCCACUUCCUCCCAAGCCCAAAGCUCGUACCAGCUCUGAGGAGAGUAUGACCGGAGAAGACGACCGGGCCAGGAAACCGUCCGCCCUGUACGCCCCUGCCCCCACCCCGUUAAUGAGGACCUCCAGUGGGACACAGGUCCGGCCCACCCCCCAACCACGAUCCAUGAGACACUCAGACCCCGCCUCCCUCCCAGCCCGGUCAUGUGACACCCCACCUGACCUACUUCCUCCUGAGCUCCCUCCUAAAGGCAUUCGCCGGCGGCAACUGCCACCAAAGCUUUCCCGUGUUCCUUGGCAGGACGCCGCUGAGUCCAUGAGCCCCGUCAUGAAGAAACCACCGGUUUUCUUUAAGAAGAUCUUCCAUGGCUGCCCUCUUAAAAUAAACUGUUCUACGACCUGGGAAAACCCAGCGACUAAAGACCAACAUCUGAUCCUCGGGGCUGAGGAGGGAAUCUACACCCUGAACCUCAACGGAUCCGAGGCCACCAUGGAGCUGUUGUAUCCUGGGAAAUGCACUUGGGUUUACACCAUCAACAACGUCCUCAUGUCUGUUUCAGGUAAAUCAUCACAGCUCCACUCCCAUUCCCUCAAAGAGUUGUAUGAACAGGCUCGGAAAGACCAGAGGAUGGUUGCCUUGCCAACGCACAGACUGUUGCCAAGGAAAAUUGCAGUGACGUGUAAAAUACCUGAUACGAAAGGCUGCAAGACCUGCUCGGCCGGGACGCUGCAGCGUGGAUGUGUGUUCCUGUGUUGUGCUCUGGAGGCCAGUGUGGUUCUGCUGCAGUGGUACGAACCCAUGCACAAGUUCAUGCUCAUCAAGACAUUUGACUUCCCCCUCCCCAGCCCUCUACGGGUCUUUGAGAUGGUGGUGGUCCCUCAGCAGGAGUACCCCCUGGUCUGCAUUGGUAUUUCCCGCGGCUCCGCCCCCAACCCACCCGUCACCGUACAGUACAUCAACCUGAACUCCAACACGUCGUGGUUCACCAACUCCGGCCUGGAGAAACCCAGUCCAGAGGUGGUCCAGGUGAACCAGCUGGACAGCAGCACCCUGCUCAUCCUCAUAGAGAAGUCAGUUCACCUCGUCGGCCUGGAGGGGGAGCUGAAGAGCAGCCGGUCUCCUCCUCAGGAGGUGUCCUUCACCCAUGAGGUGGAGUCUGUAGUUUACUUCGAGGACACGCUGCUGGCGGUUUGGCGUCACGGUUGGCAGAGGAGGGGACAGAACUUCACCGACGUCCUGGAGGAAACCAACGACCACCGCAGGGUCUACAGACUGGUGCCCUCAGACAGGAUGGUGGUUCUGGAGACGCGUCCGACCGAGGACCAGACCAGCCUGUCCAACCUCUACGUCCUGGAAAUCGCAGAGAACUACGUCAUGCUACCCUGACGCAUCCGUCCGCUCACAGAGGGCAUCAUGGGAGGAGAAGAAAGUUAAAAAGACAAAAGGACAUUUGGACUCGUCUUUUCCGGAGGAGGUCGGCGUUUUGUCUCGACACGUGGACGUUGACUUAUUUAUGCUCAUUUCUACUUGGUUUGUGAGAUCCAAUUAAAUCUCCAGAGUCUGACAGCUGAGAAAACCCUGACGGAGGAGAAACGUCGUCCUCAGCACUAAGAGGACGUGGACUUGGUAUCACCACGUAAACAUGGCGUCCCGAAGGCGUAACGGACUGGAGCUGCAGCGCCGCCGUUCGCUCACCAUGUGUUUUUAAUCUGAGUUUCAUGUUGUUAACACUGUAAUAAAGGUGAUGAACACAAACUGACAAUCCACUGGUUGCUAUGACAACGGUAGAACAGGUCAGGAUGACGUUUAUGAGACGCUGUGAGGUUUUUUUUAGACGUUCCGCGGAUUCUAAAUGAUGAACUAACGUCUCAAAGUAAUGAAUUAAUAUAUGAACAGGAUUAUUUUCCAGCGCUAUGACCUUAUUUUCCUAAUUAUUGUCUUCAUUUUGAGACAUCAGUCACUUUUCCAUUGGACAUCUGCGCAAAACUUUACAGAUAUUUACUA